AUGGCAUUUGAAGAGAGCAGCGACGUUAAAAGCAAAAGAUGCUUCAGUCAGACCUCACAUCUUUCUUCUUACUCUGAGGAUGCUGAGCACAUGCUUGUCAGAGAUGUUGCAGCAGGAGCUAACCCCUCUGGUUUUGACCAGGCACGUUCUGCCAAUGCUUCAGAAUUAAAGUUGUCAGAGGAAAGCUUACCUUAUUUAAAUUCAUCUCUGGAUGCAGAUAUUGAAAUGUAUAAUAAAAAGAGAAUGGGAAUUUGCUGCACAGGGUUAGAUGAAAGCAAGAAAGAAGCUGAUACGUUGGGAAGGGCGUGUGACAAUACACACUUUAACUGUGGGGUGUGUGAUGAUUGCAGACAGAGCAAUUCAGGUGAAGAUUCGCAGCUGGAGUACGUCAGUGCUCAGGAGCAAGAUUUUGAUGAUAGGAAUAGCUCGUGUGAGUUUUCAGAGCAAAGGGAAAUUAGAGAGGUGAAAGACAUCCCACUGAUGGACAGCACACUGCCACCCAAAAUGGCUACAAGUGAAGAAGUGUCUGGAAAUAACAACAGACACAUUUGCAGAGUGUCAGUGAAGCAAGAUAAUCCUUUACUGUUGCAAGGGGCAAGGGCCCCGGCAGUAGCCGUGCAAUUUUGUGAAUGUGCAGAGGACUCCAGUUUCUACAGUUGUGAAGAAUCUGGUGUGUGUGUGCACGGUGCCAGCAAGGAUGCUGAAACCCAGUUUCCACCCUCUGAAAUUCUCACUCGCAAGGAUCCCAUUUUUGGGGAGGAAGUUGCAGAUAAAUCCUCAGGUGGAAAUACCAGCUCUCUUCACGAUGCUCCAACCAGGAGUUCAACCUUGAGAAGUGUUGCCAGCGUCUCUACAGUUAACCAGGCUGUUGAUGCAAGUUCUGAUUUUAGAGCUUGCUUUACAACAAGCAGGAGCACCAGCGCUCAGGUCUGUCUCUCCUCCAGGGCUGUUAAUACAGAGAUAACGAUGAUGAACAAAUCUCGACCUGUGGAAUGGCAGCGUGAAACCUGCGCAGACGUCGCUUGCAAUACGGACUGGUCGUAUGGAGGAGCCAGUAGCACAGACAAAAUGUGUUCACAGCUUACUGACACACUGGAAAAACACUCAGGUGCCAAUACUGCAAUAGCUGGAAGAAGUUCACAAAUUCAGGAACAGCAGGAAUCAAAAAAUGAGCUUUGUAGCAGCGAUUUAAAGAUAAGUGCUGACAGGCUGGUACACCUUGACAAACAAGCUGUGAAGAAUUCUGCAUCAAGCGACUGUCAAAAACUCCUGCAGAGAGCGAUUGAAGCAGAGCUGCAGAUUCUUAACGCUCAUUAUCAGAUGUGCUAUCAGCACUGCUUGAAGAUUUACAAGCUGGCUUUGGAGGAAAACACAUGUUUUAGCAGAUGUAAUGGCAAUGCUGAAUUAGGUUCAUCUCUCGUGUUGGUUUUGGAAGAGCUAAAAAAGAAUUACAACACUAUGAGAAUGAAAAUAAAAAUGGGUGUACCUUUAAAUGCACUUCCACCACUGUCAGUUGAGAUGAAGUUGUUCCAAAUCUCCUCCUCUUAUGUCCCAUGCAAGUUGUUCAGAGAUGAUCUUUGCUAUAAUUCUGUUUCAGGCACAAGAGAAGCUGACUUUGAAGCACCAAAACUGCAAGAAAGGAAAACAUCUUUCAGCAUGGACGAUCCACAGACCUUAUGUUUAACUGAUGGCAGUCAGCCAAGUGAGACUGCUUCCUCCAAGACAUUUGAAGAACAACAUGAAGAUCACGAUGCAGAACACGGCUGCGUGAAAAAUGAAGAAGGGAAUGAGGAUUGGUUUGAUGCUAAAGAGGACCCAACGGUAGCAGAUUUUUCUGUAAUAUCCGAAGAAACAAAAAAGCAACAAGAAAAACAAGGCACAGCUGAUUUAGGAGAAGCGAAGAUAAUGGAGAGUGGAAAUGAGUGUUCUUUUAUUCGUGUUGGUGGCCUAAGUUCCUCAGUGUCAGAGGGUGAUUUAAGAUCCCAUUUCCAGAAGUAUCAGAUUUCUGACAUUCUUACCUGUGUGGAUUCUGACAACCACAGAUAUGCAUUUCUUUGCUUUAAGGAAACUAAUAAAGCAAAGUUAGCUGUAGAGGAAAUGGACCAGAAAAAAAUAAAUGGACAAACAAUAAGUGUUGAACUUGUGAAUAAUUCAUCAGCGAACAAAUCUUUGGUUUCCCAAAUGCUUACAAAUAAGAUUUGGCAUGAAAUCCAACCUGUUGGUCAAAGAAAUGAUCAAGAUAAACUGCUCACUUCAGCUUCUAAUUCUGUGAAAGCACCUGAUGCCACCUCUGAUUCUGAGAAAAUGCAACUCCUUCCCAUAACUUCAUCAAAAAUUUCUUGCUCUGUGAAAGUACCUUCAGAAACAAAGUGCCCUGGUCUGAAAUCAUCUGCUGAAGAUUCGGCACAUUCUGUCCUUCGAGUUAAUCAAAAGGAUACUGGAGAAAAUCUUCGGCCCAAAACAUCUGCUCCUUUCUCCACUAAUUCAUACGAUGCCUUUAUUUCUCCUCAUACAUUGAACUUGAGCAGCUUUACCAAAUUAAUGAAGAAACUUCAAGAAAUGCAUCCAGAGGCUAGCAGAGACAGAAUUGUGGAUGCUUUGCUGGAGGUGAGGAAGAAUAACAAAGGUAUCCUAAGUGGCUUGUCCAUCAAUUCAAUUGUGAAAAGGACCUCUGUAAUUCUAAAGAAAUCGAACCCCAACCGUGGGUGAGAAAAGCAACGUAAAUAAAUGGCUUUCCAAUUAAGAAGAAUCGAUCCUCUCCCAUUGGAAAGGUUUUUGCAAAUUCUAUACUCCAGCUUGUUCCAAGAUCAUACCGUGUUUCUUGUUUGAUUUAUUUCAGCAGAUCUUAACGAAAACUCACGUAGCAUCACUGUAUGAUACACAGUCUUAUCCAAGACAAUAUAACAAAGGUCAGUUUGGGGUGUUUUUCUGUUUAUGCAGAUACUAAAUGAU